ACAGCGCUUCGUGCGGCUAGACCAAACCUUGGGGUUCUCUCAUAUAACUCUCCCAAACACAAUCACAAAUCGAAAUUGCAUUUGUCUUCGACUCUUGAAUUCAGAGAAUGGGAAUCCCAUCUGAGCUAAGGCAUUACUGGGCACAAAAAACAUUAUCCAAUCAAAACCUUAAUCAUAAUGGUUAUGAUAUUAAUAAUUUUAAUGGAAGAUCUUUGUUGAUUGCUUCUCCAGCUGAAGAACAGAAGAUUUUGCAAGCUAGACUUUGUACUCAAGAGGGUGUACGUGCAGGAGUCAAAGCAGCUGUUAUCACCUGCGUUGCCACUGCAGUGCCUACACUAACUGCUGUUCGUGUGAUUCCUUGGGCAAAGGCUAACCUCAACUACACUGCUCAGGCACUCAUUAUAUCUGCUGCAUCAAUCGCUGCAUACUUCAUCACUGUUGACAAAACUAUCUUGGAGUGUGCAAGAAGAAAUGCUCAUUACAAUAAAAGAGAUUGAGAGGAUGUUACGAAGUGCAGUUUUAUGUUGGAAUCAUGUCUCCAAUACCAAAAACACAUUGCUGUCUGUUGUGCUAGAGGUCUUGCAUUUCAACAGUAAGACCAUUGUUGGGCAGCGAUAUUUUACUUUUGGUCCCUCUCACCACGCGAAGAUAAGAUGAGUGGACUUUUUAGCAUAUUUCAGUGAGGAUUUCUUUUGUGACAAUGUUGCUUUAUCUUAUUAAGAAGUGCAUAAAGUUUGAUGCCAUCUUUAUGUUAUUAGGUGGUGGCACUUGUUUA